AUGACAGUAGAGCAAUAUCCUGCCAAGUUCAUUGAACUCUCUCGGUUCGCGCCUUACUUGGUGUUCACAGAAGAGCUCAAAGCAAGAAAACUUGAUCAACAAGCGACAGUAGUUGAGCGGACACAGAAAAUCAACUCGGAAUACUUUAAUCAGAAGAAGAGAACUGCACCGCAAGGAAACUGCUCGGGGGGACAAUCAUUCCAUGCCAAUAAGAGGAGACUGAACCAACUAGUAGAGAGGAGUUACACGCCUCAGCAAUUCCAUAACCAAAGAGGGGGCGAGCAAUGCUCAUCAUGCCAGAAGUGCGGUAGGAUGCAUACUGGGAAUUGCCUCUACGGGCAAUUAGGCUGCUGUAAGUGCGGGAAACCUGGACAUAUUACAAGGGACUGUAGGACUCCUGCCAACAACCAAGCCAAUCAGAACCGCCUAGAAGGACAGAGAACCACAACACCUGCUUGGGUGUAUGCUUUGACACCAAGCGAUGCAGCGGCGUCAAACGACGUAGUAACAGGAACUCUUCCAAUUUCAUCUGGUAGAGCUUUUGUUCUUUUUAAUUCAGGGGCAACACACUCGUUUGUGUCAUAUUUCUUUGCUAAAGCCUACUAUCUAGAGUCUGAAGCCUUAGAUGUAAAUUUAGUAGUUGCUACACUAGUAUAG